UCUUAUCUCCAACAACUACUACUUCAUAAAUAGUCCAACAAACCAAUUGUUUCUUGAAAAUUAAUCACUUUUUUUUUGGCACCAAUGGCUAAUAUGGUGAAUGCUUCACCAAUUGCAUUCACAAAAUACCCUUCUUUUUCUUUACUUAAUUAUCAACCAAUUAUUUCUUCUAAAAAUUCCAGUAGAUCUUUGAAAAAUGAAACAAAAAGGUGGUGUUUUUUAGCUCCUCCUUUAGCUUACAAGAAGUUGAAUUGUGAAGAUAUUGUUGAUGUAAAAAUAGUUGAAUUAGAAAAAGAAGAAAAUGAAGUGGAAGAAAAGUCUUUUACUAAUGAGACAUUUUUGUAUUCAUUCAAUCCUUUGCCAUUGAUGUAUGUUGCUGCUCUUCCUGCAGCUGGAACUAUAAGGUCUCUGUUUGGGCCAUUUGUUGAGCUUGUAAAGUCAUGGAAUCUACCUGAUUGGCUUGUACAUUGGGGACAUCCUGGUAACAUGGCUGUUGUGCUCUUUGCUAUGGGUGGUUAUGGAACUUACCUUGGUUUUCGGAUACGAUUUUCCGAUGAUGUGGAGGAAAAGGCAAAAGCCAAAGAUUUGCAUCCAAAACUUCUAGGAGGAAUGUUCUUCUUCUUUGCUCUCGGAGCUACCGGUGGAAUAACAUCCCUGCUUACUUCUAAUAAGCCUAUUCUUGAAAGUCCUCACGCUGUCACAGGUUUUAUUGGCCUUACCCUUUUGACUGUACAAACCAUUUUGCCUACACUAUUCGAGGGAAAUCCCGGAUUGAGGAAUGUUCAUGGGAUAUUGGGAAGUGGUAUAAUGACAUUGUUUCUUGUGCACGCGUUCCUUGGACUUCAGCUAGGUUUAAGUUACUAAAACUAGUCGAUUCAUGAUGAACGAUCAAGAAAUAGCCUGUUGGGAUAUACUCGUUUUUUGUUUCGAUAAACGUUUUAUUUAGAGCUGAGAAAAAAAUACUAUUAUUUGGCAAUUAUAGAGAAAGAAUUGUUAUUGAAGUGUAGUUCAAAUUUGAUAUAAAGGUUAUAAAUUCAGAAAGAAUAAGUCAGAUUGGUGAUGAAAAAUGAGAUAGCAAGUCAUGUUAUGUUUCUGUAGUCAAUUUGUUACUAUUAAGUCUCAAUU